AUGGUCUACAACAAUGAAAUCGUGGGGAAGGGAAGAAAUGAAGUGAAUCAAACCAAAACUGCUACUCGACAUGCAGAAAUGGUGGCCAUUGAUCAAGUCCUAGAUUGGUGUCAACGAAAUGGCCAGAGUCCUUCUGCCGUGUUUGAACGUACCGUGUUGUAUGUCACUGUGGAACCCUGCAUUAUGUGUGCAGCUGCUCUCCGCCUGAUGAAAAUCCCGCUGGUCGUCUACGGCUGUCAGAAUGAACGAUUUGGUGGCUGUGGCUCCGUUCUAAAUGUUGCCUCUGCUGACUUACCAAAUACGGGAAAACCAUUUCAGCGCAUCCCUGGAUAUCGGGCUGAGGAAGCUGUGGAACUGUUAAAGGCCUUCUACAAGCAAGAAAAUCCUAAUGCACCAAAAUCAAAAGUUCGGAAGAAGGAAUUUCAGAAAUCCUGA